AUGCCGCCGCCAACUAAGACAGCAGCACAAUCAAAUCACCGCCUCUUCGACCCCUGGAACUCGGCCUCAUCCGGCCACCAGCACUCCGAAGUGAAUCCCGGUACAGCAUGGCGACGCACCCGCGAAGCAAAACUCGCCCAACAGUUCCGCUCCGGCGACUGCACGAUCAGCUCGUUUGUGUAUGACGGCGUGAACAGGGUGUAUGAGAAGGGUGAGUGGGAGUGGGAUUGGGGGGGUGAUGCGAGAGGGGGACGAGGCGGGGAUAGGCGGGGAGGUAAAAGCACUGGGAGGGGAAGGACAGCGGUUAGCCCGGAUUCGAAGCAGAGAGAUAUCAGGAGCAUGUUGGGCAUUGGAAAGGGGGGUUCUUCCUCUGGGUCCGGCCAACCCUCUACGCAAUUGCCAACACAGUCUCACGAACCCAUCCCCGACCCCAUGGACCUCGCACCCGGCGCAUUCAGCGGAACUACCACAUCUAACGUAGCUACAGCCCCUCUCCAGAAACAUCCUCAAUCCCAAUGCCAAUCAAACGCAGCCACGAGCACUCCCCCGGAAUCAACCAUCUUUCGCGGCGCUACAAUCUACAUAAACGGGCGAACAGCGCCACUCAUCUCAGACCACAAGCUCAAAUCCCUUCUCGUUGCGCACGGCGCAACACUAGCCCUCUCAAUCUCCCGCCGCGUAACACAUAUCAUAAUCGGGAAGCCGAAUGCUGGCCCGGGGCGCGGCGGCGCGGGAGGCGGGCUGGCGGCUGGGAAGAUCCAAGAGGAGUUGGCGAGGGGCGGAUGGAGGGGGAUAAGGAUAGUGGGAGUUGAGUGGUAUGUUACUGCGUAA